AAAACAAAUCUAAAUUGUCAAACCACAUGUCAAUGUCAAAUAAAUCAAUUUUCGUCUCAACGAAUUUAUUUUAGCGCGAUAAACAAAAUCCUUAAUCAUUUUUGCCCUUUUUUGUGUUAAAUUAAAAAGCGUACAAAUUGUAAAAUAGUGGAAUAGAGACAGUGUAUUUUUAAUAUAGAUAGACCACAGAGAGAUAGACUAAUAGUUACGUAGUGGAUUAGUGAUUGUUUGCAGAUUAAAGACUAUAUUAUUUUACAAAACAUGGCUAAAGCAGAAUCGUGUCCGAGAAAUAAUGUAGAUUGUUUGAAUGUGGACUUUAUGCGCUCCCUUGUAAAGCAAUACUCUGAAUUGGGCCAAUGGACGAGUGCGUUCUUCUGGGCAGAUGCAGCUGCAGCUUCCAGUGGAUUGGAUACACCUAGUGGUGAUGAUAUAUGGCUGCUGGCCAGCACCUUGUUAGCAAAGGGGGAGCUGCAUAGAGCAGCACACGCUAUCACUUCAAGGGGAUUACAUACAAAUCAUUUAUUAUGCCUCGGAGUGGCGAUGAGAGCUUUCAUUACAGCCAAAGAACCAUCUACAGCACUCAAUCUCAUGGAGGAGUGUUUUCCAGCACUAUUGGAGCCCAGAAACAUGGAUCAAACUCACAAUAGAGCCCUUGCUGGAGUACUUGUAUGGCAAGCAAAAGCACUGACAUGCUUAGAAAGGCGAGAAGCUGCUAUAGAAGCACUAACAUCUGCCCUCCGAGCUGAUGUAGCUUGCUUCGAAGCUUUGGAUCUGUUGCUAGAACAACAUGCGCUUACACCUAGUCAGGAGAAUGAACUAAUAGAAUCUCUGCCCAUAAACAACCAACUGAACGCAGCGGAAGCGGCGUUGUUGCGAGUCGCGUAUCGGGAGCGACUCUUGCGAUACGCGCCUAUUAAGAAUACGCCGACAGAGGACGACAGCUCCCGCACGGUGGUAGAACUGGCCCGUGCCCGCAGUAUAACCGGGCUAGAAGCGCGUGGGCGUCGUUUAGCCGCGUGUGGGGAGUGGGAACAAGCGCUCAAAGUGUUAGACGGCGCCGGGCCGUGGGCGUGUGCGGACGUGCGUGUCGCGUGUCUCGUGGAGCUCAAGCGAUCGGCCGAACUGUUCGCGUUCGCGCACACGCUCGUGGACGCGUACCCGCUUGUGUGGACCUCGUGGUUCGCGGUCGGAUGCUAUUAUUAUUUGAUUGGUAAGAACGAGUUCGCCCGCCGCUACCUCAGCAAGGCGUGCUCGCUGGAGCCGAGCGCGGGCUGCGUGUGGCUCACGUACGGGCACAGCUUUGCGGCUGAUAACGAACAUGAUCAGGCUAUUGCGGCUUAUUUUAAGGCGAGUCAACUAAUGCCGGGCAGUUAUCUACCCCCGCUCUAUGUUGGUGUGGAGUGUUCCUUACUCAAUAACAUUAACAUGUGUGAACGGUUCUUAACAAGAGCGGCCAUAUUGCAUAGCAAUGCUGAAUCCCCCGGCGAGACCGCAAUGGACGACUCACAAGUGGACAAAAAGUGUCGUUGGGAGCGCAUAAAGCGCUGCGUGACGAGCGCGGCCAUCGCGCACGAGGCGGGCGCGGGGGCCUACGCCGCGGGGGACUGCGAGGCCGCCAGGGCCCUGUGGCUGCGGGCCCUGCACCUCGCGGGGCCCGCCGACCAGCUUAAACCGUGUUGGGCGGCUACCCUCGAUGCCAUAGGGCACGCAGUCCGAGCACUGGGCUCCCCCAGCGAGGCGGCCACGUGGCACGCGCGAGCCCUAGCGCUCCGCCCCGCACGGGGGGCUUCGCUUGCGGCGCGGGGGCUCUGCCUCGCGCUAUCUGGUCAAACUGCGCCUGCUGCUGAUGCCUUACAUGCGGCGUUGGCGAAGGAGCCAGAUAAUGUGGUAGCCGCUGCGUUGUUAGAUGCGGUAGUGGAAAGAUUGGAUCUGCUUAAUGAGGAGGAAGUCCCCCAAUUCCCGUUCCCCCCGGUGACUCUCUCCCUCCCCCCUCCCUCCACCCCGGUGGCCCUCACAUCACAGCAUGACGUCACCAACACAUCCGAUAUGAGCAUGAGCUUCGACUGAUCUAAUAAGACAAGAAAAUUGAACUAGAUGGCAACACUGAACGAGAAAAGGCAAGAUGUGGCAAGACUGAAAGGAUUUCAUAGACAAUUUAUUCGUUUUUAGUGAAAUUGUAUUUAAGAUAAACAGUGUUAUUUGUGUGUACUAAGUGUAAUUAAAAGGUCGGUAGUAUUAACCUGUCCGUUAGAUAUUGGUGAAGCAAAUUUUAAUGUUCAUAGCUCAGGCCCCGGAAUCACAGAUACAAUAGAAAAUCUAUUGUAUCGUGGACCGAUCGGGCCGCUCGGGGCUCAAUGGGUUAAUAUUGAUCACUGAAUCUAUUAUAUACUUAACUACAAUUAUAUAGACAAAUUUGAUGACUUAAUUAGAUUCUAUUAUAUGCCAGUUUAUUAUUUUUGCCAAAUAUUCUCUUAAUAUUUACCAGCUGUUAAAAAAAACAUUCAAUGUAUGUACUAUGUAUGUAUAAUAUUUUACAGUUUUCUACUAACCAAAGCCGCUUCUUGUAUACAUUGUUUUUAGGGAUACCGAUAUUUGUAAUAAAAUAACGGCGAUACCGAUACCGAUACCGAUAUCGAUGGCUUGGUAGAAAAAUAAAUAGUGAAUUAUGCAUAAAAGUUACCAACAUUUAACAGAGACUCAACUGUAAAUCGUAUUCUUUUAUAUAAUAAUGCCAAAUAUAAAAAAAGAAAACCAUUUAUUUUAGUAUUAUUAUUUUACAAAGUCAGUUAAACUUUAAGUUAUACACAUACAAUCAGUAUCUAAUAAAAGUUUACUAUUGGUAGAGUUUUUUCAGAAAACAAAGUGCGCACGCGCGGGCGGCCUCCCGCAUCGUUCAUUGGGCGCGGUUUUUUGAAUUGUUUGAUAUCGGUAUCGGUGGUUUUAUAAUCGGCGAUACCGAUAUAUCGGUAUCGGUAUCGUUACAUCCCUAAUUGUUUUAUAUUUCAAAGAAACAAAGUAAAUAAAUCAAUCAUAGAUUCAGUAUUUGUAUCAAGUCCUGAUAACCUGUAUUUUAUAUCAUACUAGCGGUCCGCCCUGGCUUCGCCCUUGGUACAUAUUUACGUAAGCUCUCCAUGAGAACCAUCCUCGUACUCCAAGGAAUAUAAUAAAAAAGAAUUAUCGAAAUCGGUUCACCCAUUCACGCGUGAUGCCGUGACCAAGGACGUAAAUAGGGGUUCAUUUUUAUUAUAGAGAUUAUGGUUGUCUAUGGUCAUCAUAUAAAUGUAAUUCAUAAUUAAAUGUAACUAUCUAGUAUAAUAUUCGAAAUUGAAUUUCGGAUUACCUAACACAAUCUCAAUGUAAAUGUUGUAUAUAAGUACCGUGUAUUUGUAUUAAGUAUGCAAUAUACCUAAGGUUAAAUCGAAAA